AUGCAAGGUCCCAAUGCGUCGGCUACUCUAACCGCCAAAUUGGAGUUUGGGGUACCCAUCGCUUUCGAAUUCGGUCUUGAUGUUCUGACUGGCAAAUUCAAAAAAACGUUGGGCUUCAUUGAGAAGCCUGCCGUAUACGUCUCUGCGUCUGCGGGAAUUUCGAAUGGGCCUAGUGCUUGCGCAGACGGUGUCCAACUGCGUGUUGGUGCUGACAAUACUGUGACCGCUCAGGUCUUCGAUAUUUGGGAACGCGACUUGUUCAACACACCCCUCUAUGAUCAUGGUAUUGGAUGCGUGAGUGCGAAUGGAUUUAAUACCACGGAUGUCGACCCAGAUACUGGUGUGAUCAAGGACGUUAUCGAUCAUUUUGGUGGUAGGAACAUUGCAAAUUCACCAGUAAAAAUCUCUGAUGUUGCACGCAUCUUGACGACAAAAGAUCCGAAGAGCGAGGUUGAAUAUGUGAUUGUCAUGGAUGAAGCAGGAGAAACCAUUUUGGUUUCGGGCACCGAUGGUGGUAUCUACCUUGUCAAGACAAAAGAGGCCUAUGACCUCAGCGCCCCUUGGGGAUCUGUGGCUGGUCAGGGUUCGAUCACUGCGGAUACCUUUGGACGCUUCUUAUCCUACAGAUAUGUGCCUUCCGGCACUAAAAACCUUGACCUGGCAGAGAUUAGCGUACAUGAUCCGGCGAGCAUGCCUGAAGGCAACUUAGCAUUGUGA